CCCCCCCUCACAUUUCAAAACUCAAUUGCAAGUACAAAAAGCCUUUUGCUCUUAACUCUUAAGAAUACAGAGUCAUACUGCAACCACCAUUAAACGUUUACCUUCGUACCCCCCAUCCACGUGCUGGUGAGUUCUCUCUUGCUUCCUCUCUUUUCUCUCUUCUUCCUCGUCUCCUCUUCUCUUCCAUUUCCGACCUCUUCUCCUCCGUCACUCUCAAACCCAAUUAACUUUUUUUUAAUCAUAUUUUGUGUGGGUGGUGCCUGUCCUUGGUGGUGGCUGGUGGCUGGCUUGAGCUUUGCAACUGCAAGUGAGUGAUGGCCCGCACACUCUGUUCUCGUCUUUUCCAUUUCCAUUUGCAGCAACCGUCUGUUUCUCCAAGAUUAUAUAUCCUUUCUGGAAGCGCCUCAAGAUAUCCCUUUAAUUUGGGGGUUUUCCCGGCAUUUCAAGCAUCACGAGCCUAUGCUCGAGGCGGGCGCAAACAUUAUGAUCUUUUUGGCAAUGGAAAGCUGGGUGAUGAAGAUUUCAGAAAAACAUGGAAGAAAGAGAUGGAUGAAGAUACUUCUCUGUGGACAGGGAGUGAAGAUGAAAGAGAUGAUGAAAAAGAUCCUAAAAGUUGUCUUGAAGAAGAAAUUCGGAGAGUGAGACAGCAGGCAAAGGAACAUUCUGACCUAAUUGAUGCCGAUGACAGUGAUGAAUUAAGAAGUAUAUGGUCUGGAAGUGAUGAGGAGAAGACGUUGUGGACUGGUAGUGAGGGUGAUGAUGACGACGAUAUUCCCACAGAAGCCUACCCAAAUGAAAGUAGUGAUAAGUACAUAGACAAAUUGUUUGAGUUUGAGGAAAUGCCCAAAUAUCGAACAAUCUCCGAAUUAUUGAAAGCUGAAAAUGAACCAGAAGAGUUGUCCCCAGGAAAGCAAGCUAGGAAAAUUGCAGUUGGAAAUGCCUUGAAAAAAUUGAAGAAAGGUCCAGAUGGGCGUUACUCCAAUGUGUGGGAGGUCAUGAGUGAUAUGGAUAUUCUAAUUGGAGCAUUUGAAAGGGUUGUUUCUGGACCAGAGUACACGGAGCUUAGACAGGGAGGGCCUAAGAAAUUAAAUAUGCAGUUCUUUAAGGAUAUACAAGCUCGUAUGAGAGAUCAAAAUUACAAGUUCUCACCUGAGUUAAAGCUGAAGCCGAAGAGCAAAUUAGUUUCAAGAAAGAAGUGGCAGAAAGCACAGUCUAGAAGGAGGAAAGCACAACAGCGUUAAGUUGUAUUUGUUUCCUUUCGGCACUAAUGUGAGUUAAAUGUAUUAUAUGAGGUGCUUUUCAAAUGUUCAAAUCUGUAAUCAUAGGUACUUUAUUUUUUUUUUAAUUAGUAAUUAUAGUUUUACUUAGUUCGUAA